GCAAAUGACAGCGGUCGAAAUCGUCGCCGUAUUUAUAACCGGCGCCGAAUCAAAGGUCAGUGCCGAGUUCACGUGCGGGCUCACUAGGGCGAAGCGAAGCGAUAGAUAUAUAGCCGUGGCUUCGACCUCCUCCUCCUCUUCUCCCUCUACGCUUGCGGAGAGAUGGAGGGGAUCGCCAUUAGAGCCCCACCGAGGAUUAGGGUUUCGAAUCCGGGCCUCUUCGCCCCGAGGAGCACGAGGAAUCUCAUCGCCAGGGAUCGGACUUUGGGGAUCCAAAUGAUCGGAAGGGGGAAACCGAACCCGAGCCCUCUACGCUGCGCCAGUGCCGAGAAGGUGUCCAAAGAUUCAAACGUCACCGUUACUUCCAAUAGUGAUGACAUAACAAGCUCGACCGCAGACAAUGGGUGGGAUACUGGGGAGUCAGUAGAUGACGCUGCAGCAAAGCAUGGAAUAAGAAUCAGAAGACGGCCUCUAACAGGGCCGCCUACCCACAUGGUUGGGCCAUUUGAAUUCCGUCUAGAGAACGAGGGGAACACCCCACAAAACAUUUUAGAGAAAAUUAUCUGGGACAAGGACGUGGAAGUUCAGCAGAUAAAAGAAAGGAAGCCAUUAUCUGUACUGAAGAAAGCUCUUGAAGAAGCUCCUCCUGUUAGAGACUUCAUUGGGGCUCUGAAGGCUUCGUAUAAUCGGACAGGAAUGCCCGCUUUGAUAGCUGAGGUGAAAAAGGCUUCUCCAAGCAAAGGUGUUCUCAGGGAGGACUUUGAUCCUGUUCAUAUAGCUAAAGCUUAUGAGAAAAAUGGGGCAGCAUGCCUAAGUGUCCUCACCGAUGAAAAGUAUUUUCAGGGAAGCUUUGAAAAUCUUGAGGCCAUACGCAAAGCAGGAGUUAAGUGCCCUCUCCUCUGCAAAGAAUUCAUAAUUGAUGCCUGGCAAAUUUACUACGCACGGUGUAAGGGUGCGGAUGCGAUCCUCCUAAUUGCUGCUGUCUUGCCUGAUCUUGAUAUCAAAUAUUUGACUAAAAUAUGCGGAAUGCUUGGUCUAGCAGCUUUGGUUGAGGUGCAUGACGAAAGGGAAAUGGACCGUGUGUUGGGCAUAGAUGGGAUCCAGCUCAUUGGUAUCAAUAAUCGCAACCUAGAAACUUUUGAGGUCGAUAUUUCAAACACCAAAAGGCUUUUGGAGGGAGAGCGUGGUGGCAUUAUUGCCGAAAGAGACAUAAUUGUUGUCGGAGAAUCCGGACUGUUUACUCCCGAGGAUGUAUCGUACGUUCAAAAUGCCGGGGUUAAAGCAGUUUUGGUUGGGGAAUCUCUCAUCAAACAGGAAGAUCCAGGCAAAGCAAUUGCUGGACUUUUUGGUAAAGACAUAUCCUCGAGUGUUUGAAUCGAAAACUAUGCGGCGUAGUUUUUUUUUUUCCUCUUUUUUGGACGCAUAGAUUCUUAUGAAAACUUCAUAAUCGCGGAUCAUUUACUUGUUUGAUGUUGUGAUCAUUUAUGGUGUUAACUUUUAUUUACAUACAUAGUGGUUCUUAAAUUGGUUUACUCA